AUUAAGCAAGUCGCACACUGUUCUGCUUCUCUAAAAAAAAAAAAAAAAAUCACACGUUGGCUAAUAUUUAGAGACCGAGGAAGUGAAACUGCUGAAGACCCAUCAGAUCACAUCAUAAAAUGAAAGCUGCAGCUUUUCUUCUAGUUUCUCGGACAAAAUAUGGCACGUGCCGGUAAUAGCUGUAGCUUUGUUAGCUGGAUAGUGAAUACUGAUUUGAAUGAAAAUCACUCUGACAGCAUUGUUGAUGAUGAUGAUGAUGAUGGUAUUGAUGAAGAUGGACUGAAGUUGAGGGAAUGUAACGCUCCAGUCGCUGAUAGGGAUUCAGGCCUGUUCAAGUCUGAAGAAGAGUACCAUCUACCCCGCAGCAGCCCUGUCAUAUCCCGCAAGAGACAUAACACAGAGACAGAAAAACACUGUGGUCUGUCUCUGACUCCUCCGAUAUUUGAGCUAUCUGUUUCUCCAACUGUGAAAGCCAACGAUUCAAGUCCGGUAAAGUCCAGUCGCUCAGAGAAAGAGCGAUACCUUGAUCACUGUGAUUCACCCGAGGGCUCUCCGGGACAGGCACAGUUCCUCGCAGCUAAUCGUGACACAGGAAUUUCACCUGUCUCUCAGGACACUCGCAGCCACACUUUUGCUUCUGGAUGGUUACGCGAGGAUUUCCAGUCAAGGGCUAAAAGAAGAGCCUGCUCCGACCUCCCACCAGCAUCCGGUCAAAGGAGCUCCGACCCAGCUAAGAAACAUGGAUCGUGUGUAGAUUACUUCACCGCAGAACUCUACAGUCUGGACCAGGAAAAUGCUCAUUUUGUAGUCGUGGAUAUGGUGCUGGAAAUGCUGGAGGCCGUGAAAUGGAUCAUGUGUUUGCAGCAGUUAAAAACCGCUCAUCCUCAGCAAGACAGAUGUGAAAAACCAAACACCUCAAAAACUGACUCAAUCUAUUCUUUUGACAGUGGGUUUGAGGAUGACAGCGCCCCUAUACCGUCUUCAAACAGAUACUCCCUGGCUUCUUUUCAGAGGUAUGCAGUGAAUUCUUACAAAGUCAUGUCACUGUGUGUGUACGUGUACAUGUUUUUUUUCAGUUGUCUUCAGAGUUCCAGAAUGCAGUGUUGUGCUGAGGAUUUAGCCCACCAGUUGGUGUCAGAGUUCAGGAAGCAGUGGUUCCCCUGUGAGCUAGUGCCAAACCUCAGCUCUGCUCUGCAGGAAGUGAAAACGGCCUCUGUCCCUGUGAUGGGAGAUGACAGGAUCAGUCUAACUGAAGAGAUCGUGCAGAAGACCAGAAUGAGAGGAACAUUAACCUGGGCUCCACCUGGAUUUCAGAUCAUCUUCUGUGUCCAACCAACACACAGGCGCAGCGAUGUUAUCUCUUCCCAGCACUUCUUGUGUGCAGGCUGUGGCACUAAAAUUGAGCCCAGGUACAUGAAGAAACUGCGGUAUUGUGAGUACCUGGGGAGAUACUUUUGCGACGGCUGCCACGGCGGUUGGGAAUCAGUGAUUCCAGGUCGGGUUCUGAAUAACUGGGAUUUUGCACGUUAUCCGGUCUGCCAUUUCUCCAGACAGUUACUGGAUUGUAUAUGGCAGCAACCGCUCUUCAAACUUACGAGUGUGUCCAAGAACCUGUACAGCCAGGCCAAAGAGCUGCAGCGUUUCAGAGAACUACAGGAGCAACUUAUAUCCAUUAAAAAGCUUUUGAGCGCUUGCAGAUUGUCAGCUGGAGUACUUGACGAGUUUAAACAACUUCCUGCUCAUCUGACGCAGGAACUACACCUCUUCUCAAUGUAUGACCUCAUCAGGGUAAAAAAGGGUCAGCUCUGUAGCAUAGUGAAAACACUGAUGCAGUCUGCAGUCAUUCACAUAGACAUGUGUGAGCUGUGUCAGGCCAAAGGUUUUAUCUGUGAGUUCUGUCAUGGUGAGAAAGUGAUUUUCCCUUUUCAGAGAGACACCUGCACCCGCUGCCAAGACUGCAGAGCCUGUUUCCACAUCUCAUGUUUCCGUGAUGAAUCAUGUCCCAAAUGUGCCAGACUGCAGAAACGUAAGAAACUUCAAGAAGACGCCGCUUUAUGAAAUCUCCGACGUGUCCCUCACUGCAUUUUGAAGCUGUGUAAAAACCUCCAGGUGUUCAGAGCUUCACAACUGUUCAACUACUGACAUGUAUUACGCUGUCAUUUUCUAAAGCAUAGAUUAAUAUUUUUAUAUUGUUCGAUGUUGUACAUAUUUCCAUUAAAGCAACAAUAAUUUAAUAAUUAUUGUAAUUACAUUUCUGAAGAAAAAAGUACUUUUUACUCAGGACAAUUUUAUUUCAACUUUAAAAAGUACAUUUUUAUUUUAUCUUUUGCCUGUUAAAUAUGGUGAACGCAAGCUCAGUUAUAACUUUCAUCAGAUAGAGGUCUGGGUUUAAUAGUUUACUAUCAAAGCUCGUGUUUUCCACCAAAAAAGAUUAUUCUUUCUGUUUUGAUAAAGCUAUUAGCUGUGUAAUAUAUAUUGUCUGAAUGCACAAGAUUGAAUGCAAAUAAAAUUUUAAUAUAAUG